GGCCGACUAUUUUACGGAACGGCCCGUCGCUCACCAAGACUCAUUAGGUAUAUUGCAUUUUUCUCAACCUCCCCUUUUUCGCAACUUGAACUCUCACAGACUACCACGACUGGCUGUUAAGAGCGGGAUUCACUAUGGACGAAACUCAGCCUUUACUGCAGGAUGCGCAUCUGGUGUUUAACGAGAGGCCAGAUCAAGCAUCGAUCAAGGAUAUCGUGGACUUUAAUCCCGAUGGAGAUGAGGAAAAUCCCCUUGAAUGGCCACAGGCAUACAAAUGGGCGAUUGUGGCUCUUUUGGCUUUGAUGGCCUUCACAGUAACAUUUACAUGUAUAUCCGUCGUGCCUGUCGCGACGCGUAUAGUGGAUGAUCUUGACCAUGGCCACUCUAGCAAAUCUGCUAGCGUGUUGCUGGUAACGAUUUGGGAGCUUGGUGAAGCUGCUGGGCCCUUGCUUAUCGCACCGUUAUCAGAAGUCUUCGGCCGGUACCCUGUCAUGAACGUUGCCAACGUCCUGUUCAUUACAGCGACGGUUCUGGCAGCGUUAUCUCAGAGCACGACGCUGUUCAUUGCUGCGAGGACUCUGACGGGUCUCGCCGUAGCAUCGAAUGUGCUAAAUCCCGCUAUCGUUGGCGAUAUCUUUAUUUCAGAGCAAAGAGGCUCGGCCAUGAGCUUGAUCCAGCUUGCACCGCUAAUCGGCGGAGCGGUCGGGCCUGCUAUCAGCGGGGCUAUCGCUGAAACCAUGGGUUGGCGGAGCACAAUGUGGAUGUGCGUGAUACUGGCUGCUACGUGCGAAGUAGUGUUUCUUACGUGUUUCCGUGAAACAUAUAAAGUUGCCAUUUUAAGACGAAAGGCAGCGAGACUCCGGCUUGAAACUGGUAACGCAGCGUUACGAACUGUGUUUGACGCGGACGAUGGCUCAAGAUCCGAUAAAUUGUGGGGUGCAAUCAUCCGCCCCUUUACGGUGCUGGCGGGCUCGGGCGUCUUGCAGAUGCUAUCGUUGUUUGGCUCUAUUACAUUCACGUACUUUUACAUCUUGGUCACUACUCUUCCGGAUAUCCUUGGGACCAUAUACGGUUUGUCGCCUGCGGGUGCUGGAUCCGCACUCAUCAGCUUCAGUAUUGGGUCAGCUUUAAGCGUGGUACUAUGCAAUCAAACUCUAGACAGGAUCUACAUCAAACUCCGUGACUCUCAUAAGGGGGUUGGUCAACCGGAAUACCGUUUGCCCUUAGUCAUUGUCGGAGGGUUUACCCUACCUUUAGUUGCCGCGUGGUAUGGAUGGAGUGCGCAAUUGCACGCUCCACUUAUACUGCUACUCUUCUCAGUUGCAAUCAUGGGCGUUACUCUCAUGCUGGGAUUCCUUCCGCUCUAUGCGUAUGUUGUAGACGCUUUUGGGUUGUACGCCGCCUCUGCUAUGACUGCGGUGAUUGUCACAAGGUGCUUAGCAGGCACAUUUCUUCCAUUAGCUGCUGCGCCUCUCGUUGAUAGGUUUGGGUAUGGGAUUGGCUUGUCAAUUCUAGGAGCAGGAAGUUUCCUUCUCGCGCCGAUCCCAGUAUUGGUUCUGAGGUAUGGAUCUAAAUGGCGACAGGGCUCUAAGUAUACUAGAGACGAAUGAGCUAUCCUGUCUUGGUAUAUACGAGGAGGCUACCCCAACUUCAAUAUUGGUAUUGGCAAUUCAUCUAGUGUGCUAGACUAGACUAGAUUUUCAAAAAGCUAUGUCAAACUGUUGCAACAUAGCCUACUUUGAGUCACGCCUUUGAGUCAUCGAAGUGACUAUAGAGACUUUGGCUCCUAUGUGUCAAUCACCAAUAAGUAACUUUAUUGGGACGAAAGUAAUAUCUAAUGAAUAUCUAAUGAAGCUA